CCUGCCUGCAGAUGCAGCCGCCGCCGCUGCUGACUGCAGAUAUAGCUGUCUUAUCACAACACCGCUGUUUUCUUUCGUGUUUUUAAUGUUAGUGAAGGAAAAGAGUUGCAGAAAUUUUCUAUUGAGUGCAGAGAAUAUUUCCUCGACAAUGAUCUCUCUUAUAACAGCCUUCACAUAAUUAGAGACUCACAUCUAAAAACUGGAUUUUAGUUGAGCGUCAAGAUGGAGCUACCACAACCUCCACAGGACAUAGACCUUCGUAACAUCAUUGACAAAUUGGCACAGUUUGUGGCAAGGAAUGGAAUGGAAUUCGAGCAGAUGACCAAAAAUAAACAAAAGGAUAAUCCAAAAUUUAGCUUUCUCUUUGGAGGAGAGCAUUUUAAUUAUUAUCAGUACAAAGUUACAACAGAACAAGCUAUCUUUAAGCAGAAAAGUAAGCAUCAUCACCUCUCUGCUGUCAGCAAUCUGUCUGAUUUGACUGGUCACCAACUCUCUAAUAUUUCAAGCACUAACUCUGCAUCAAUGGACUUAUCGGCUGCAGUAUCUGCAGCUCAGUGGCUGGCUGCACAGCAACAGCAGCAUCAGAGUUCAGUGCCUGCUGCACCUGCUGCUAUUCCAAGUGUUUCAUCAUCAACCUCUGCUUCACUAGAUUCAAUUGCACAACAAAAGAGAGUACUUCAAGAACAGAUUCAACAAAGUGAACAGAACCUUGCUGCACAACAUGCGGUUUUAAUGCAGCAACAAGAACAGCAUGUUGAAGAAGCCCUUAGGAAAGCACAAAAGGCUCGUUUGGAGCAGCUUGGUGUUGAUGCUGGUGUACCAUUUGCAGAAUUUGAUCAAAUACUUGCUCCAAUAAUUCAAUCUUGUACCAAAGAUUCUAUAUCAACAGGGAAGGGCUGGAUAUUGCAGAAAGCUAUAAGUCCAGCUGCAAAUGCUGCUCUAGCACAGUUUCUCUUAGCCAAGAUAAUUAAUGUGGGGAAGGAAAGCAACGGUCCCCAACCUACAGCAAGUCCAUUUUCUCAGAGACUCCAUAUAAUUUAUUUAGUAAAUGAUGUUUUACACCAUUGUGUAAGGAAAAAUGCUGACAUGUUGAAGAAUGCCCUGGAAAGUGUCGUAGUUCCCAUGUUUUGUUGCACAUCUGUAGGGCUCCCUGAGGAUCAGCAAGCCAAACUGAAUAAGCUUUUAAAUCUGUGGGAAUCUAAAAAUAAUUACCUUGAUGAAAACACAAUAGAGAAAUUAAAAAAUCCUUCCAAAUCCUGGGCAGAGUACCAGGCAGGCCUUAUUGAACAGUUUUCCUCUAUAAUUUCAGCAAUCACUUCGGCUACAAAAAAUACUUACGAUAAUUAUCAGUCUCAACAUCAAGCUUUUGUUUCUCAUGCCUUGCAGCAAAUACAGACUUUAGAGCAGCAACAAGCCUUGGCUGUUGUCAACGCAGUGAUGCCACCAACCCAGCCUCUACCAUCACAACCAGACAUGCAUCAGCAACGGGAUCAACAACCUCCAUUAAUAGGAGCUCUGCCAACCCAACCUACAUCAACUGCUGUAACACAACCACCUCCCCUACUCAGUAACUUAGAAUAUUCAAAUCCACAAGCUCCCCUUUCUUUAAACCAGCUUCCUACACCUCACCAGCCACCACAGGGUCCACCCCCAAGUACUUUCACUCAGCCCCCUCCAGGUUUCUUCCCAGGAAAUUUUCCACCAGGUGUUGAACUACCAGACUUCAGCCGACCACCUCCAGGUUUUCCUCUACCACCCCCUACAAUACCACCACUACAACCACCACCUGAGCCCAUAGAUGAUUUAGUGCCUAGUGUACCUUACUUUGACUUGCCAGCUGGGCUUAUGGUGCCACUUAUAAAGCUUGAUGACUUUGAGUACAAGCCUUUAGAUCCGGAUGCUAUCAGGCUGCCUCCACCUGCCCCUCCAAGUGAACGACUUUUGACAGCAGUGGAGGCAUUUUAUGCACCUCCAGGGCAUGAUCGUCCAAGGGAUAGUGGUCUCAGUGUCUCCAGAAGAAUUGUUGACAGUGAGGGAUGGGAAAAACUAGGCCUGUAUGAAUACUAUCGAGCCAAAAACCAGGCACGGAAACGUAGGGAAGAUGAUGUUCUUGCUGGAAUUCGCGAGAGAUCGAGAUCUCCCUCUCCUAUUCUUCGUCCUCCCUCACGAGAAAAGUCACCAUUACCGAAAAAAAGAUACAGAAGUGUAUCUCCUGAAAAUGAUAAAACAAAAGAAAAAUCAAAAGAGAAGGGGAGGUCAAGAUCUCCUUCAAGAAGUCCCAUUCGAAGCAGUACAAAUGAAUUAAGUAGUGGUGCUAGCAAUGGUAGACGAUCUCCUAUUUCAGCAAUGCGAAGACAAACAAAAGCAUCAUUUAGGCGCUCAAGAUCGAGAUCAAGAUCACAAUCAAGAUCUUGCUCACGGUCACGGUCUCGGUCUAGCUCACGGUCAAGAUCAAGGAGUCCUCCAAAACACAGCUUAGAACGAGAGAGAAGCCCCACUCCUCCUUCAUUUCUUGGUUCAACAUAUGCGAAGACUGCAACUGAGCGAUUGGAUGAAUCAAACAAAGGACAUCAAAUGCUCAAGAAGAUGGGUUGGGGUGGUGCUGGUCUUGGUGCAAAAGAACAGGGUAUAGAACAGCCUAUAUCAGGAGGCGAGAUUCGUGACAGAAAUGAUAUGUACAAGGGAGUUGGAGUAAAUUUAAAUGACCCAUAUGAAAACUUCAGAAAAAAUAAGGGUCAAGCUUUUAUUUCAAGAAUGAAGGCAAGAGCAGAGGAAAGAAUCUAGAUGCACUUGUUGUAAAUAAUUACAGGGGUACAACACCCUGUAUUUUGACUCUAUGUUAUUCAAGUUGUAAAGUUUUAUGUGUCUUCUCAAGUAUUAAAGCUGCUUUUUAUGGAUGACAGUACAAAACAGCUUUAGUUUUAUGGUGAAACAAUGAAAUGCUGAAAAAGGACAGUGGCCUGUCCUGUUAAAUUUGCAAUAAAACAAACUGUUAUAAAAAAGACA